AUGUACAACGAUCUUGCACAUUGCGGCUUUGGAUUCAUCGAAAUUGGAACGGUAACACCGAAAGGACAGGAAGGAAACGCCAAACCACGUUUGUUCCGAUUGAAACCUGACAAUGCUAUCAUCAAUCGAAUGGGGUUUAAUAAUGAUGGAGUGGAGGCUGCCAUUGAAAACCUGAAAAAUCGAAAGACAAAUAUUAUUAUCGGUGGAAACAUUGGAAAAAACACCAACACUUCACCAGAUGAUUAUACCGAAGAUUACCUGACGUGUUUCGAAAGUCUUCACCCUUAUGUCGAUUACUUUGUGUUGAAUGUGAGCUGCCCAAACGUUAGUAGUCAUGCAAAACUGGAAGACGCCGACUAUUUAAGAGAACUCAUUUCUGCCGUUCAGGAAUACAACGACAAACAAGAGAUUCAGCGUCCAAUUCUUCUUAAGAUUGCACCAGACCUUAACAAUAUUCAACUUGAUGAGAUCAUUGAAUUGGUUGCAGACAAAAAUCUUGACGGUGUGAUUGCAACAAAUACAACGGUAAGUAGAGAAGGACUUAAAACACCGCAAAGUGAAAUCGAUCGAAUUGGAAAUGGUGGACUUUCUGGGAAACCGUUAAAGGAAAGAUCAACGGAAAUCAUUCGUUACCUCGCUGAAAAAUCAAAUAAAUCGUUCCCGAUUAUUGGUGUGGGAGGAAUCCAUUCACCGGAAGAUGCACUUGAAAAAAUUGAAGCAGGAGCCGAUUUGGUUCAGGUUUAUACCGGAUUCAUUUAUGAAGGACCAAAAUUAAUGAAGAGAAUCAACAAAGCGAUCCUAAAAGCGGCUUCAAAUUCAUAG